GGAGCAAAGAAGAAGAAUGCACGCGUUCGCGUGUAGCUCGGUCGUGCGUGUUCGCCGCGUUUCGGGUUUCUCCGGCCUCUUCACGGUUUUCGCUCUUUCGACCUUUUCGUUUCGACCAUGACAGAGUCAACGUACAUACACGCGUAUGCUCGAGUAUGCGAGCAACGAAAACGAACGCAACGUCUGCGAGCGAAAAACCUUCGUAAACACUCGAGCGCAUCGUUUCUGACGUACACGUAGAUAGAUAGAUAUCCUCGGACUCGUCCCUCGCCUCCUAGCUCAACCUACGAGUCACCUGCUUCACCGGCUUUCUCAUCGACCGACGAACUACGAAUACGUAACACCCUUGCAGGAAGACAAGGAAACUACCCUGUACCCAACGCCUAUUUCCCAGCACCUGAUACGACGUAAAAAGACGUAGCAGGCGAUGUCGCGCUUGCGGCGCUUUACAAUCAAAAACGAGCGAAAAAGACAAAAGCGGUCAGAAGGCGUCGUCUUCCGGUGUUAACGAGGAACGCGUCGAGUUCCAUUUGCCGCGAUAGCGUUCGAUGAGUCAUCGCGCUGCUUAUCGAACGCGAAACGAAUUACGAAAAAGGUAACGUACAGUACAACGGAGACAAGAGAGGCUCGAAUCGUUUUCUGUCGCGGCAUCCCGCGGUGCGACUCGGUUCACAUGCAUUUAGCUUUAGAGUAGCACGGCCUUAUCGGCGACGAUAGGACAGAAACGUGCUGGAAUAAGAAACUUGUUUAGAUGGUAGAAAUUUGGUCGACAAAUCGAGGUAGGUAUCCGUACAGUUAGUAACAAUGAAACUGAGCCAGUUCGGGUUUGUGUUAGUUUCUUCUAUGACAAAAUUCAAAACGAAUAAUAAGUCUACAUCUUAUUUUACAAUGCUCGAUCUGGAAUCGAUAUUGUUAAACUUUAACACAAUUUAAACGUGUCGAACACCUAGACUUAUUACUCGCUUUGAAUUUUGUCCUCUUAGGGGAAACUAACACAAACCCAAACUGGCUCAGUUUCAUUGUUACUAGCUGUACCUACGUCCGCUCGUUGCGGCAGACCGAAGCGAUUCGCCCGCACCUAUUUAGAUUGGAGAAAAAUUAAGGAACGGGAUAUGUACAACGUCGGAGACGCGGUCUCGUUAAAACCGCAAUUAGGCCGCAUUACCGAAUUACGUUACAAUUGAGAGUAACGAGCACACGCGGUAAUAAAUUACAACGGCUCUCGCGUAAUCAUUACCUCAGAGUUUCGUGUAACACCGUCCCUAUCGGUUUACAUUCGACUUUAAUUGCAUCGUGGUACGACGCGAUAGAGGCUUUUCGUACUUGGAACCGGAUUCAUCUGAGAACCACCGGUCAGAUACUUCACCGGAUACUGAUAACGAUCCGAACAAUUAACCGUGAUUUCCCCAAAUUAAAUCGAACAAAUGCGCCUACACCUGCUUAUGUAGAUUAUUUUUUACUCAGUCGAAAACGGACACGUAACGUCGCGCUUUUUCUUAUUGUAUUCAACCGAGAGAACUGUCGCACGUAUAAUGCCGAUUGCGUCGCGUCGAUUAACACGAUGAACGCUAUGUAACUGCAUACGUAGAAUGAGUCACAUACAUAUCGUGUACGUAGCACGUCCAACAGUCAUCAGACGUGCGUUUACAAAGAUUCGCUGGUUCGACGUGAAGGUGUAGUCGUCUGUCCAUGUGGUAUACCUAUGGACUAACCAACUGCAAAGUUCGCGUGGUACCGACAGUCGUUUAACAACAUGUGUUUAGUUCCAUCGUCGGUUUUUCAAUAGAGUUUGUCUCUAACUCUAUGAGUUUCCCGAUCGGUUAAGGGUUCAUGGGACAAUAGCUAUCGUAAAGCAAGGGUCCAGGACGAAACGUUGGACAAUAAACACUGGGCCUUAGCUCCAUAUGUUUUCAAGGACCUAUCUUGAGAAAGAGCAGACUUUUUUUCAAUUUGCGGUGCAACGUGGAGGAGAGGUUGCAGUAUGAAAAACGAAACGAGCUGGUUGUGCGUAGGAAAGAAGAUCGCAGCGAUCGGUGUCAAUGGUAUUAACGGUAUUUUCUCGGUUGGACAAUUAUCUCGAUUACCCGACAAAUGAUCCGUCGUCGAAUUUCGCAUGCUUCCUCGACGACACAGGUCGUAUCCGUCGCCUGUGCAAAACGGAGGGUCGAACGGGACAACGAUCAAUUGCGGAGGCUCUCAAGGAGUGAUGGUAAAGCAGGAAGCUCGGGAUGACGGUUACGAGACAAGUCCGGACCUCGAGAUGAGGAGCACCGGUGGUGACAGCAGUCAGCAGUACCACACGCCGCUGACACCGCACACACCGCACACGCCGCAUACGCCGCACACGCCCCUCACCCCGAUAUCGGCGACAGCGCAUCAACCCCAACAACCUGCCUCGACCGCUUCCACCCUCGGACAGAUGACGAUCAAGUGUGAGACCCCGGUAGAUCCGUACUCGUUCGUGGACGAGGAAAUGUCGAUGAGCGGAAUGAGGUCGGCGAGCAGCCCGGUCGGGAACCCCGAGAACAUGACGUGUCCACAGGGUGGAGGGCAACCGACGCUGGGUACGCCUACGGGUUCGCCACCAGGUUCGCUAACAGGACCGCAACACCUUCAAAUGAACCUAGGCGUGAUGAACGGAAACACGAAUCCUCAGUUGCCGCAUCAACCGAAGAAGCGAGGUCGCAAGAGAAAAUCUGAAAUGAUCCUCACCCCCGAAGAGGCGGAACUGGCUGAAGCGAAGAAGCGAGCGAAGACGUACAAAGAGAGGAAAAAGCACGACAGAUUCGACGGCAUGCCGGAAGAGGAAGUUAGCAAGCGCGUGCUUCCGGACCAUCUUACCAACAAUCUCGACAUCAUAAUAAUUGGCAUCAACCCAGGACUCUUUGCUGCUUAUAAGGGUCACCACUACGCCGGGCCUGGGAACCAUUUCUGGAAGUGCUUGCACCUCAGCGGAUUAACUCCAGAACCACUGACGGCGGAUGACGACUACAAGCUUUUGCGCUUUGGUAUCGGUUUCACGAAUAUGGUGGCUCGCGCCACCAAAGGCAGCGCUGAUCUCACGAGAAAAGAAAUUAAAGAAGGUAGUCACAUUCUGUUAGAAAAGUUGCGGAAAUACAAACCGAAGAUCGCCGUCUUUAAUGGUAAACUGAUAUACGAGGUAUUCUCUGGGAAAAAAGAGUUUGGAUUUGGUAGACAACCCAACUUGGUCGAGGGCACCAACACGUACAUGUGGGUGAUGCCAUCAAGCAGCGCGAGGUGCGCGCAGCUUCCGCGAGCGGCAGACAAGGUGCCGUAUUAUGCGGCCCUUAAAAAGUUUCGCGAUUACUUGAACGGCACCAUCUCCCAUCUGGACGAGUCUGACAUCGUGUUCGCGGACUCGAAGCUGAAGAAGAAGGAUCAAGACGCGAUCGAGGACAAAAAGCCUACGUUCUGCGACGGAUUAAUGCACGACGGAGAUGGUAGAAUUUCCGAGGUGAAUGGGAAUGGCAUCAAACAGGAACCGAAUUCUCAGAUACCCGGCAAGAAGAAGAGGGGUAGACCAAAGAAGAUAAAGAAUCCGGAGGAUCAACCACCACCCGAUCCCGAAAAAUUGGACGCGAAUGGGGAAGUGAUAAAGAAACGACGGGGACGACCGAAAAAGAUUCAUCAACAGCAAAAGCAGCAGGAGCGAGAAAUCAGAGAACGAGAGCAUCUCCAACAGCAGCAGCAGCAACAUCACCACCAUCAACACCAUCACCAUCAACAACAGCAACACCAGGGCAUGGGUCACAUGGGGGACGGUUACGGAAACGUAGUACCCAACUGUUUUUCUCCGCCGAAAACGUUCGCACACAUGGCUCCCUAUCCACAACAGAUGAACGAUUCCGGAUAUUACGGACAAGGAAUGAACGAUAGUCCUUAUAGUAUGAAUGCGAAACAGAGUCCAGUGCAUCUGCAACACUACAGCCAAAGUCCGAAAUCUAUGUCGCUUUCGUUUACCCAUUCCGAUCUGUCUUCGGAGAUUAAUACCGCGAUCUCCUCCGAGAACAACUUGGAGCCGUCGCCGUUGACUUCGCCGAGUGUCGAGCACCCGGAUUUCGAACCACCUACGAGUAUGUCCCAGCAAACGAUGAAUAACGAUCAUCGCCAGUACAAUCCGGCCGGAAACGGUGAUAAUCCCGGUCAUCACGGUAGUCCAGGAACCCCGACCCAUCCGAGCUAUGCCAGUUACAUGGGUUACCACGAACAAGCGUCCGAAUCUCACAACCCUCAUCCACAUCAGAAUACGUCGACGCCGUUGAGCCAACCCGCCGACGAGCACUCGCAUCACUCUCAUCCUACUCCGCCACACACGCAUCCACAUACGCCGACUCAUGCGUCGAUGUCGCCUCAUCAUCCCCACGAGCAGUACGCGACGAUGAAGAGGAACACCGGACAGGACGUCGCUUCCAAGAGUCUCAGCGAUCUCGAAUCUCUAGUCGACCAGAUACCCAGUAUAGCCGAUGGUGGCAGCCAACGUCUUCAGCAUUCGCAUCCUGGGAUGAACGAUGACGGGUCGAUGUCGGAGAAGAUGGAAUCGCAUCAUCAGUCUUAUCUCUCAGGAUUCUCCGGAAUGUCGAACGUCGGCAUGUCCAACUACAGUCCCCCUCUGGGACCCUCAGGUGCUGCCUAUCCAACUUCGCUACAUCAUUCUCCCAACGACGGUUAUAACUCACUUUACGGUACGAAUGGACGUCAAGAUUCGCAACAGCAACAGCAGCAGCAGCAUCAGCAGCAACAACAACAGCAACAGCAGCAGCAGCAGCACAGCAAAUCGUAUACCGUUGAAAAUCUAGCGUCUAGCAAUUAUACGCCAAGUAUGAGUGGACACGCUGGUAAUUCGUAUCCAAACAUAAUCCCCAGUCCUCAUUAUCCGGUGCCGAUGGGAUCGACGAACGGAUAUCUUUUCGGUGGCCUCGAGUCGAGCUUGAUGCAACGCACUUACGGAAUGGGCGGUAUGGGAGGCAUGGGAGGAAUGCACCCAAGCCUCGGUCACAUGACCAAUCCUUAUUCUUACAACGGUUCGUAUUCUAGUUCCUUCGACGCCUAUCCGGCACCACCCAGCGGGAUUCAUGCGCCUAGUGCAAAUUAUCCCGGUGGUUACGGUAGCACGACGUCAGGUACUUCGACGCCACCAUCAUACCUCCCCUCUCAUCAUAGGCCGUCGGUCGACCUCGCUUAUGACGGUGUAUGAUAGUAAUCUAUGUAAACCUAUUCGACUUACGUACUCGCAUAUAUGCACGCUCACACGCGUAUUCGCGAACACACAGCUACACGUACUUGUAGUAGGUAUGUACUAUGUACUUGGGAAGACACGUAUAGACAAGAACAGUGAGUGGACGAACAAACACACGAUUCGAGCGCUGCGUUUAUCUUUUCUACGUAUUUUUACACGUUUGGAAUCCGCCAGAACGGCUCUUUUUGGCGCGAUUCGUUGUGCUACGAUUUGCGCGUCUGAAACACGUUCUCGAGCUUUUUUAGCUUUCCUCGAUCCCUGCUUGCCUGUCUGCCUGCCUAUGUACCCAUCAUCCUUCUUUUGCAUUUCUCCUAUUUUCCCUCCUUGUUCUUUUCAUCCGGCUCGAAUAACGAUUAUGUCGCGAGUAAAUGAUUGCCACCAAGUACGAGACACUUUCAUAUAUGUGUUACGUUACGAGCCUGGAUUCUGUUUAAGUUAACGCGAUUUCAAAAGCGGCGUACGAGCUCGAGAUGCUGCUCGAUCCUUUUCACAGUGAUAUCAUGCAUCGAUCGUCGAUAAUGAGAGAUAAAUCAAACGUUAAGAUUCACUUUUUUCAUGUUACGCUUACGUUAUUGUUGAAAUGCGUUCCGACGGUUCCACUUCAACGGCAAACACGUCCAAUCUCAUGCUGUUUCAAUGAAUCGAUUGUUGUAUUAUAAUAUAUGUACAAUACAUUUUUGUUCAGAACCAGUGGAUUGUUACAAUUUUUUUCGUUAAAAUCGUUAGAAUUUAUUCCACGCGUAUAUACAUAUACAUACAUGCUAUACUUGUUAUCAUAGUCUCCUCUUUCUCCGUUACUUUCGUUAUAGACUAGUGGAUAAUGGACUAAUUUUCGCGUGACUCAUCGCGCGGAUAACGUAUUGGCUUCAACCGGCAAGUAAAAUCAGUCUCGACGAAUUCUCGAAGUUGCGUUGGUAAAUUAAUGCUGAUUAAAAAAUUAUACAACCGUAAAUGAGAUGCGAGUGACAAGAUCAUAGCAUACAAGUGAGACUGCUAUCGAAGAUAGUAAGCGGUGCCAUUCGCUUUCCGAGUAUUUUUUUCUUUUUAUGGACCAAUGAGCAAAAUUUAUAUAUCCGAAUUAAUGAAUUCGAACGUUAGGGCGCUCGGACCCGACAAAUGUCGAUCGAAACAUUCACGUGUACAUAAUUUGUCCGAUAGCGUUGGAAAAAUAUCAAAAUACCUUUCGUUUCGUUACGAGUGCAAUUUUGUAGAUACGACUGCUCCAUCGUAUCGUGAACAUGCAUAUUAUAUUACAUACACAUGUAUACUCUGUACAUGUGUAUAUAGCUAGUAUGUAUGUACUUAUGCACAUGCACGUAUGCAUAUACAUACAGCGUAUGCGCUACAGACAGAUUAUAUUAUAUCGAAGCAAUAACGCGUAUGCGCGUGUGCACAUGAUUAAUCGUAAACUGUAUCUAUAUGUUUAAUGCGAAUCUAGUCAAUCCGAUUCGUUGAAUCGUGGCAAAUUAUCGCGGUAAUCGACCGAGUAAUUUUGCGUACGGAUCAAGAGCCCGUACGCGCACGAGAGUCGAAACGAUGCAACGGACGUAAACCCGUACUGGUGUCUUUCCUCCUGCGCCGUGUUUUACAGUUGAAAACGUCCAAGCCAGACGUACGUAGAACGUCCGUCACGUCGUGUCGAUGAUGCAAAAGGAGUUUAAAUCCUUAAAUCGGAGAAAUCGGUGACCGAUCCGUUCGAUCGAUAGAGACAGCGAAUUUCGCGCGACUUCUCUUCCUCUCGAGAAAGAAGAGACGCGACCGAAUCACAAUCGAAAUUAAACGAAUUCAAUUCUAAUCUGAAUCGAUGACAAUUUUUCUAAGUAAAUUAAUUUGUUUUGUGUACAGGUCGCGAUCGCUUUCGCAUAUACAUCGUACAGUCGAUCGUAAACGUGUAAAAUGUGAGAUCUGUGGCUUCUCGAGCUAUCUGUAUGUAUAUGUAUUGCCAACAAAGUGCAUUACAUGAUCAUUAAUUAUCGCAGUCGUGAUUGUUAAUUAUUGGCAUUGAUACACGAACAGGACUGGCCGGGCGGAAAUUGGAAAGAUCGAUCGAACCACGAGUCACGAAUCACGAGAACGAUCGAGGAGAAGAAAUGGGUCGUUAUAUUAUAAUCGUUACUAGAUUCGGUAAGCAUCCUCGCUUUUGUACCUCGCACGUUCGCUUACAACUGUAACCGUAAUCGUUCUCGUUGCAAUUUGUUUAUCGGUUAAUCGUUAUCGAUUAUCGACGUGCCGCUGUAAAUGUAAAGAAACAUACAUAGAAUACGUUACCGAUUUUUACAGUUAUCGCGUUACCUUAUCUCGUUAAUUGUACAUUAAAUUGCUACGUUUCGAGCUACCGAGGAUUACAAUGUUUAUCGUAACACGAUCACGAACCAAUCGAUGUAGAUCUGUGUAGAUGUACGAUCGGCAUUCCCCUUCGUCGCUAAUCAACGCUGUAAAAUUCCGCAUCUGGUGUAAUUGUAUGGGACAAAAAGAAAAAUGAAAAUUGUAUGUGCACGCGUACGUGUAGACGAACGUAUGGGACAAAAUGAUCAAAAUGAAAAUGAGAAAUGACUGUGAAAUCGGUAAAUAGGUUUACAUACGUUAAAUGUGCAUACGUGUGCGCACGUACGCGUGCCUAUACUUACUGAAUAUAUAUAAAUAUUAUAUAUUGAUUAUCUAUGAUAAGCGAGAAACAUUUAUCAAGUAAUCACAUAAGAUGUGUUGAAACAUUUAAAAUGCACAGGGUAUAGAUGAGAAAAUCGUUGAUAUAAUAACUGAUGUCUAUAUAAAUAGGUCUCUGUAUACGUACAGAGUUUAUCGCGUGUUCCACCCAUCGCGAAUCAAAUCUGCAAACAAAACUUCGUGAAAGUGGCACCAAACGGAUUUAUAUUGUAGGUAUUUAUCCGUAGGUUUAUCGCGAUGCAUUAGAACCGCGAUGGAGUCUCUGCGUACAUGGAAGUCUAAUGAAUGUUUCUUUUGUUCAAUCGGCCUCAAGAACACACAAAGCGCGUACGACCGAUAAGUAAUCUAUGGUAUCUACAUAGAUGUUUUUCAGAUUAAAACGGGGCAGUUCUAGUUAUAAGUGUCGUCGGUGUUAAUCGUUUGUCGAUAAUGAAAUGGAUCGAAGGAGAAAUAAGGAGAUUCGAAUAAAAUGAAACGAACGAAAAGCAAGGAAAAAGGAAGGCAGUGAAACCAGGAAUAACGCAUGCCGUAACCUGCGAAAUUCCUACGAAUUAAUCGAAUUCGAUCGAUUGUGUAAAUUGAGAUGCUAAAAAUUAAGUAUAAAUACAUUAUACAGAUUUCAAAGUGA